AUGGCUAGGGCCGCCACGUCGUGGGCCCGCGCGGCCAUCUCGGCAGUCGGGUAUGUCCCGAGCCAUAUUCUCGACUUUUUUCUCGGUUCGCGGAUUUCGCAAACCCAUCUCCCCCAACUCCGUUUUCGUACUCCACGGUACGUCGUGUGUUCGCAGUCUGCGGCCGCCUUAGGAGGUGGAGGUGGAGGUGGAGGUCGAGGGGCCGCCGGAGGAGGAGGUGGUGAGAAGGGGCCAGGCUAUUUUGUGCCCAUUCAAAAACCACGAAUUUCACAUGAAAACUUUAGUGGUCCCCCGGGUAGG